GGCGCCGCCUCCGGUCACCUGACGCCGUCCGACCCAAGAUGGCGUCCUCCGUGCGCGCCGGGCGGCGGCUGCGACGGGCCCUGAGCCCCGGGGGAGAGCUGGAGGCGGCGCGCCUGCCCCGGGAGCUGCGGGCGCGGCUGGAGGCGGCUCUGAGGAGCAAGAAGGCCGGAGAGGGCGAAGCCCCCCGGCCCGUGGUGCCCUUCCGCCUGCUCCGAGAGCUGCACGAGCACCUCCGGGAGCAGGGCUCCCCUCUCUUCCUUCAUGAGCUCCUGGAAGGCAGUGAAAUAUAUCUCCCGGAAGUUGUGAGACCCCCUAGGAAUCCAGAGCUGGUGGCCCGCCUGGAGCGGAUCAAAGUGCAACUGGCCAAUGAGGAGUACAGUCGCAUCACCAGGAAUGUUUCUUGCCAGGCCUCGAGGCGUGACGGGACUCUAGCUGACUUUGGACGGCAAGUGAGGUCGGUGAAGGCGGUGGUCAUCUCCAUCUUCAACUUCAUCGUCACUGUGGCAGCAGCUUUUACCUGCACCUACCUAGGAAGCCAAGGGUGCUGGCUGCAGUGAUUGUUGCUUCUGUGGUGGGUCUGGCUGAGCUCUACAUCAUGGUCCGGGCCAUGGAAGGAGAACUUGGAGAGCUUUAACGAGGGCUCUGCCCGUCCCAAAUACCAGUGUUUCCAGGAGUCUUGGGGUAGGGAGCUUUGCUCUCUUUUCUUUUCUUCCACCAUACCUUGGCCCUCCAUGUCAGCAGACACUCCUCUGCACGUGGCCUUGUAUUAAGGUACAGGGAAGAGGGCUGGGGCUGCUGCCUCAUCCCUGCCCACGUCCCCAAAUCAAACACUGUCUUCGCCCUUGAUACAGACCCAUCCACCUGCAUCAGAACAUCCCAGGGCUGAGGUUGCUGCCCGCUCCAAGGUGAUGCCUGUUUGGGCUGAAAGAGGAACAGCAGAGAAUACUGAGGCAGAAAAACCUUUGCAUCCAGCCUCUAGCCAGGCCCUCACAAAAGAACUGCCUUUUGUCAAUUUUAUGCCUUUAUGUUGGCCUCAAGAUUUCUUCUUGCUCUUUCUCUCUUCCAUCUUUGCGUGUUUGUAUAUAUGUUUCCCUCUCUUUUGGUGUCUGAGGCUUCCUGCCUUCAAAACACCAUGUCCUUUAAUUCUAAGAAUGGGGAGAAAGGGGCGGUAAAACCUGUAUAUUUAUUUUUAACCACAUUAAUCCCUCCUCUGGCUCCUCUUUUGUUCAGGGAAAAUGGCUUCUAUGAAUCUUCUCUAGUCUGAAAAGAACAUACAGUCAGUUCUGCUGUGAUGCUUGUUUUGAAAAAUGUGAUUUUAUUCCAAUGAGAUUGAUGUGUUUGGGAACAAUUUGAGCAUGACAUAAAUUUUGUGUUUGCUUAUGCACCAUUUCAUCUGACAGAAAUCCGCGCCUCUUCACGUAACUCAAAAGUCCACUCUUCUAACACCCACUUCCACAAGCCAACUUCAGGUCUUUUUCAAGGUGAAGUGCCCUGCAUCUUAUGGUGCAGUGGGAGCUGUGGGCUGACCAGGGCUGGUCUGCAUCUACCUCUUCCCCACCUUCCUUUGUAGGCAGCCCCGGAGUAGCCAUCCACUGACACCACCCUCCCCCCAGGAGCAGCUGGAGUCUGCCAGCCCAGGCUCCACAGAAACCAAGCAGGCAGAGCCUCAGCCUGAGGCUGCAGGCCCUACUGCUAUUUAUUGUACUAUUCAUGUAUUUCUCAACCAUUUAAUAUGUGUAAAACUGUUACCAUCUUUAUUAGGUGCCAAUCUUUUUUUAAUGUGUCACUGAUGAAGUUUUUGAGUUUUGUCCUCCUAACCCCAUUUUCCUAUAAACACUGGUUUUGAUUGCAA